AUGGCUGCGCUGAUUCCGAAAGCAACAUAUUGGGACGGCUCCUUUCCUAAGAAGUAUCUCAGCCAGCUAAGGCUGGUAUCUUGGCAAUUUCGAGAUGCAGUGGAUCCAUUUCUGUUUUCAGGGUUGAAGUUUGAUUUCAAGAAGCGCCCAUUAGAACUUGUCGUGCAACAGCUCAAUGAUAUGGCACGGAAGCAAUCCGAAGUUUUUCACUAUGUCAAACAGCUGACAAUCGAGACGACAGAAACUCAGAUAUCUACCUUGAUUAAUAAAGCGACUUGGACCAUCUCACGACUCGACGAAUUUAACAUCAUAGUGGAUGCUAUCACGAACCUCCCUUACCUCGAAGAUCUCUAUUUAGAUUUCUCAGGAUUGCCCGUGCAUUUACAAACCACCAACAUGAUCACUCUCCAUCGGUUCACCCAACUUCGGUCAUUCGGAUUUCGCGCUCAGUACCCAUCUGACCCACUAGCCACGAGCAUCAUACAACAACUUCGUAUGAACUCAACCAAAGAAUCUUUGACAAGCCUGUCCAUUGACUUUACAGGCCACACAAAAAAUAAAGAAAUCUUCCACGAAAUCGUCAACGACAUCCCUGCAUGGAAGUCUCUACAACUAAAGCAACUCCAGGCCCACGGCUGGAAGCUCGUGCUACACCCAAAUACAAUUCCACACCUACGCUCCCUGACAUCCCUCGACAUCUCACGCAUGGACAUGGAGUCCCAUUCCAAAAUUUGGUCUGGCCUAAUGGCCGCAGGCAUACAACUCCAAAAACUUGCCGGACCACUGAGCAUGUCACUCGUCAUGUAUCUGAGAUCAUACGCCGGAUUAGAACAUCUCACUGUAUACGCAUCUUCUCGCGUCGAUGGCAAGAAAAUGUUCAGUGACCUAUCCCAGUCCCUAACAUUCCACAAAAAAACUCUAAAAUUCUUCGACGGGGCAUCUGAACAUUGCUCCCUGAAUGAUAUGGUAGCCAUCCGGGAAUGCGAAAAGUUGCACUACCUGGCCGUUCAUCUUCGAGGUGGACCUAGCAACGACGACUUUGCAAAGACAGUGGCUAUAGUACUGGAAAUACCCAAUCUUGAAAUAUUAAAAAUAGACAGCAGCCGGGCCUACGCAUUUACGCGCGAGAUUUGGGCAAAGUUUAGGGGAGUCGUGGAAGAUAUUGAAUGA